AUGGUCUGGUGCGGUUGUCUGGAGAGAGACAGGGGGGAGGUGGAAGUUUUCAUCCAUCAGGUCUGGAGGAGAGUUCUGCUGGACUCCUGGAGUCUCACUGAAUCCUCUGUGGUCUGCAGACAGCUGGGUUGUGGCUCUGUGCUGAACUUCUCCAGCUCCUCUUCAUCCAGUCCUGAACACAGUCAUGAGUGUGUGACGGGCUUCCAGUGCUCUGGGAGUGAAGCUCAUCUGGGGAACUGCAGCUCUCCACAAACUCUCAACUGCAGCUCCGCACAACAGCUGUCAAUCACCUGCCUUGGUCGGGGGUCCAUCAGGCUGGUGGGUUCUGGGGAAGACUGUGCAGGGAGGCUGGAGGUUUUUCACAGUGGCUCAUGGGGGACAGUGUGUGAUGACUCCUGGGAUAUUAAAGAUGCUCAUGUGGUGUGCAGACAGCUGCAGUGUGGAGUGGCCCUCAGUAACCAGCAGGUACCAGCCUGGUUUGGUCCUGGUUCUGGACACAUAUGGCUGGAUGAGGUAGAGUGUGAGGGGAAUGAGACGUCCCUGUGGAGCUGCUCUUCUCCAGCCUGGGGAAAACAUGACUGCAUACACAAGGAGGAUGUAGGAGUCGUGUGCUCAGAAUUUAAGGAGAUCAGGUUAACUGAGGGCUGUGAAGGGAAUCUGGAGGUUUUCUACAAUGGGUCCUGGGGUAAUAUGUGCUGGAACCAGAUGGACAGAGACACAGCAAGUCUGAUCUAUCAAGAGCUGAACUGUGGAAGAUCUGGAAGUGAACCCAGUUAUUCAGAGGGACUGAAGUCUUAUAAUUGGCUUGACGUUUUAAAUUGUCGACAACAUGAUUCCACUUUAUGGAAGUGUCCAUCUUCACCAUGGGGACAGAAUGACUGUGAUAAUGAAGUGGCCAAAGUCACCUGCUCAGGAGAACCACCGGUUGUUCCAGCUGUGGACAACUGGUUCAGAGCGAGUAAGAGAGUGUGGGACUCAGCUCACAUCCACCUCCAGCGCACUAUAUGGAGGCACAAGGCCUUUGCGGAUGCUCGACGUGCCGCUACUCCAGUUUACCAUCCAAGGGAUAAGAUGCCCCAGAAAGUUCUUGGUACCACAGGAGCCCCCUCCUCUGAGGAUCCUCGAUCAACCAUCCAUGUACCAAGUGAAGGACAUCCUGAACUUGAGUACCUGGUGGACUGGGAGGGGCAUGGACCAGAGGAACGUCCCUCACCAAGGGGCCGAGGUCACCCUCGUCAUCGCAUAAGGGUGUCAGGAGCCGCCCCUGGAGGAGUGGAGGAUCAGACUCGCGAGUCUCCUAAGAGUCUUUUGACAUGUUUUACCUCACCAUCUCCUCAUCAGAGACAGUGUUCAAAUCAUCUUCCUCUCAGACUGAGUGGAGGGGACGGCCGGUGCUCUGGGAGGCUGGAGGUGUAUCAUAACGCUGUGUGGGGCUCAGUCUGUGAUGAUCAGUGGGACAUCAGCGAUGCUCAGGUGGUCUGCAGGCAGCUGGGUUGUGGAGCAGCACUGAGGGCUGAUGGGAAUUCAGUCUUUGGUGCUGGUGAAGGUGUUGUAUUUGUCAGUGUCCACUACUCCUGCCAUAACAUCAUCAGCUUCUUCUUCAGUCCACUCAACAUCAGUCGCUCCCCCACAAACUCCUUCAUCAGCGUCUCCCCCAGUGCUUGUGAUAGUUCUGGGAGUUGUGCUCUUACUGCUCUUAGUGUCACUGCUUAUACUAAUUCAGCAGAACAGAGUGAUGAGGAGAGGUAG